AUGGCUUGCUUUCUGGUUAAUCGCAUGUCGUCUACUGUGCUUGGUGGUAAUGUGCCUUACAGUGUCCUUUUUCCAAACAAGGAAUUAUUUUCGGUGGAACCUAAGGUAUUUGGAAGCACGUGUUAUGUUCGAGAUGUUCGACCAUCUGUUACCAAGUUAGAUCCCAAGGCAUUGAAGUGUGUUUUCCUUGGCUAUUCUCGCCUUCAAAAGGGGUAUCGAUGUUAUUCUACUGAACUUGGCAAAUAUUUGGUGUCAACUGAUGUGUCAGGGAAGGAAGAUGAGUGGUUAGUAUAUCAGGUUACUCGUACUUUGACAGAACAACGAGAUGAUGUUCCUCCAUCUCCUAGUUCUAUCGAGCACCAAUCCACUAUUCUGCCUUCAGCACUUGCUCCAACUGUGUUAGGAAGACCGCCAAUUGCUCAAGUUUACUCACGGAGGCAACAGACGAAUGAUACAUGUUCUGCACCAGUUCCUUCGUCAUUAGUUCCUUCAUCAUCAUAUUUGCCUCCACCUGACCCUCCAGAAAACCUUGACCUUCCAAUUGCUCUUCGCAAAGGCUCUGUUUCUAUACCCAAAACGGUGAAGGAGGCUUUGAAUCAUCAUAGAUGGUCUGAAGCAAUGCUCGAGGAAAUACAUGCCUUAGAGAAAAACCACGCUUGGGAUUUAGUGGAUUUACCUAGUGGAAAAAAAGCAAUGGGAUGCAAUUCAAGAAUUUGGGCUGAAAAGAGCAAAUGUGGUCAUUCUGUCUACUACAAGCAAUCAACAGCUAGAUCUAUUCUCCUUGUUGUAUAUGUGGAUGACAUUGUUAUCACAGGGAGUGAUUAUGUAGUAAUCUCUUCUCUCAAGUCUUUCUUGCAUACUAAGUUUCAUACAAAAGACUUGGGACAACUGAAAUACUUCUUGGGAGUAGAAAUAACUAGAAGCAAGAAGGGAAUUUUUCUAUCUCACAGAAAGUAUAUUCUUGACUUACUAGCAGAAACUAGUAAGCUGCCUGGCAAGGCUUGCAUUACUCCAAUGGUUCCUAAUUUGCAACUUAUGAAAGAUGAAGGUGAUCCAUUUAAUGAUCCAGAUAGAUACAGGAGGUUAGUUGGAAGAUUAAAUUAUCUCACUGUGACUCGUGCAGAUAUUACUUUUGCAGUGAUUAUGGUUAGCCAGUUCAUGUCCGCGUCCACAGUUAAACAAUGGGAGGCUUUGGAGCAGAUCCUAUGUUACUUAAAAAGAGUUCCUGGACUUGGCAUAUUAUACAGCAAUCACGGUCAUUCUCGCAUUGAUUGUUUUGUAGAUGCAGACUGGGCUGGAUACGAGAUUGAUAGAAGAUCUACUACUGGUUACUGUGUAUUUGUUGGUGGAAACUUGGUAUCAUGGAGAAGGACAGGAGCGGAUAUCAACAGCCCAAGGUCAGUGAGAAUCCUUAUCAAUCAAGAAAUUUCAGCCACAACCAUGCGCAAGGCACGGUAUUCUGCCUCAGCAGAAGAUAAUGAAAUGGUGGCUGCUUUUUACUCUUCCAAGAUAUAG